AUGGCACUCGCCGGUCAUAUUAUGUACUGGAACCCGAAGGAUGAGUCUCUGAAACCUCUCGUAAUGCAAAUUUACCGGACGUUUAUAAGCAUUGGGUUCAGUUGUCGAGGAUGUCUCCUCGACGCCCUCUCAACGCUCGACGCGAUGUCGCUGCUCAACCCUUCGUCUGGCAUACUUCCUGCGAUGACCGCUGAUAACUCUGUCAGUGAUGCUGAGAGGCGCGCUGAGAUAUUGCGUACCCUGCAAGACGAACGCUCUCUCGACAAAUCGAGUCUUUACCACCUGGAUUCUGCUGUCGAUCUCGAUACGGCAGCCUCAGCUUCUUCUUUUGACUUGCCUUCCGUCUUGAAGGGCAACGAGCGGAUGCGCCGUCGGUCCGAACUUUCGCGUGUGAAGGCUCCCGCGGUUGAGACCAUCGAGCUUGCCCCUCUUCCGCCGAUUGAGGAACGAGCGCACGAACAAGCUAGCGUCGGUCAUGCCACAGGUAUAUCUGGUGAGCCGUCGCUGGGCAAAGUAGCGGGAGGAGAUCCCGAGUUAGCACCACCAUUAUCAUAUGUGCCAUCCACAAUUACGGAGGAUACAAGUUCUGCUGUGGGUGUGAUCUCGCAUGCGCAACGAGCCAAGUAUCGCUUGAACAGCCGGAUCCAAUUCGCGGCGUUGUGCUAUUGCUUUUUCUUGGAAGGCUGGAAUGACGGUUCUACUGGUCCAUUAUUGCCCCGUAUUCAGCGGAACUAUGGUAUUGGGUUCGCGAUCGUGUCGCUGCUUUUCGUCACCAACUGCAUUGGUUUUUUAAGUGGUGCGAUGAUGAAUGUGUACUUGAAUCACAAAUUUGGUUUCGGUAAAGUCUUAGUUAUAGGAUCAAUUUUUCAGCUGGCUGCCUACGUGCUCUUGGCACCUGGAGGACCUUUCCCAAUCAUGUGUGUUGCAUUUUCGUUUGCAGGGUUCGGCAUAGCACUGCAGAAUGCCCAAGCAAAUGGGUUCGUCGGAAGUUUGAAGGAGCAUGCACGAACUAAGUUUGGCUUCUUACACGCAUCAUAUGGCCUUGGAGCUCUGGUUGCGCCACUGGUAGCGACGUAUUUUUCCACUGCGCGACAUUGGUCAUUUCACUAUUUGAUCUCUGCGUGUAUCGCUGUGAGCAAUACAAUAGUUCUCUCUGCUGUUUUCCGCUUCAAAACACAGGACGAUGUCAUGGCCGAGGCGGGUCAGGCAGCGGAAGAGCCUGUCACAAGCGAUAACUUGUAUCAUCAAAUCAUGCGCCUCAAGGAGGUACAUUACUUGGCAAUCUUUUCGCUUAUAUAUGUUGGAGUAGAAGUCUCCAUCGGGGGAUGGAUUGUAACUUUCAUUGAGCAAGAGCGAGGCGGAGGUGCUAGUGCUGGAUACAUUUCCUCCGGAUUUUUUGGUGGGUUGAUGUUAGGUCGCAUCAUAUUGAUGUGGCUAAAUCGCAAGAUAGGAGAACGCUGGGUCAUUGUUCUCUAUGCCCUCAUCGUCAUCGGUUUGGAAGUGACCGUGUGGGUUGUGCCGUCGCUCUUUGAGAACGCCAUCGCCGUGUCCUUCAUCGGAUUGCUAAUGGGACCCAUGUACCCAAUACUUAUGAACCACUCGACCUACAUCCUGCCUAAGUGGUUGCUGACGGGCUGUCUGGGCUACAUCGCUGGUGUUGGCCAGGCAGGCUCGGCCGUCUUACCAUUUAUCACAGGUCUCUUGUCGUCCAAGUUUGGGAUUGCGUCUUUGCAGCCUUUUAUUGUGUCGAUGAUGUCGACUAUGAUUGUUCUAUGGGCUCUGGUUCCGAAGAAGCGUCGGAUCGAAUAA